CGCCGGCCGCCCGUUGCUAGCUAUGGCAAACGGUGGCGGCGGCGGCGGCGGCAGCAGCGGCGGCGGCGGCGGCGGCGGCGGCGGAGGCAGCGGUCUUAGAAUGAGCAGCAAUAUCCACGCGAACCAUCUCAGCCUAGACGCGUCCUCCUCUUCCUCCUCCUCCUCUUCUUCCUCCUCCUCUUCCUCCUCGUCCUCGGUCCACGAGCCCAAGAUGGAUGCGCUCAUCAUCCCGGUGACCAUGGAGGUGCCGUGCGACAGCCGGGGCCAACGCAUGUGGUGGGCUUUCCUGGCCUCCUCCAUGGUGACUUUCUUCGGGGGCCUCUUCAUCAUCUUGCUCUGGCGGACGCUGAAGUACCUGUGGACCGUUUGCUGCCACUGCGGGGGCAAGACGAAGGAGGCCCAGAAGAUAAAUAAUGGCUCCAGCCAGGCAGAUGGUACCCUCAAACCAGUGGAUGAAAAAGAGGAGGUGGUGGCAGCCGAGGUCGGCUGGAUGACUUCCGUGAAGGACUGGGCAGGGGUGAUGAUAUCUGCCCAGACACUGACUGGCAGAGUUUUGGUCGUGUUAGUCUUUGCUCUCAGCAUUGGUGCCCUUGUAAUAUACUUCAUAGACUCGUCAAACCCAAUAGAAUCCUGCCAGAAUUUCUACAAAGAUUUCACAUUACAGAUCGACAUGGCUUUCAACGUGUUCUUCCUUCUCUACUUUGGCUUGCGGUUUAUUGCAGCCAACGAUAAGCUGUGGUUCUGGCUGGAAGUGAAUUCUGUAGUAGAUUUCUUCACAGUGCCUCCCGUGUUUGUGUCUGUGUACUUAAACAGAAGUUGGCUUGGCUUGAGAUUUUUAAGAGCUCUCAGACUGAUACAGUUUUCAGAAAUUUUGCAGUUUCUGAAUAUCCUUAAGACAAGUAAUUCCAUCAAGCUGGUGAAUCUGCUCUCCAUAUUUAUCAGCACGUGGCUGACUGCAGCUGGAUUCAUCCACUUGGUGGAGAAUUCAGGGGACCCAUGGGAAAAUUUCCAAAACAACCAGGCACUGACAUACUGGGAAUGUGUCUACUUACUCAUGGUCACAAUGUCUACAGUGGGCUAUGGGGAUGUUUAUGCCAAAACUACGCUUGGACGUCUCUUCAUGGUCUUCUUCAUCCUCGGGGGACUGGCCAUGUUUGCCAGCUACGUCCCUGAAAUCAUAGAGUUAAUAGGAAACCGCAAGAAAUACGGGGGCUCGUAUAGCGCGGUUAGUGGAAGAAAGCACAUUGUAGUCUGUGGCCACAUCACUCUGGAGAGUGUCUCUAACUUCCUGAAGGACUUUCUGCACAAGGACCGGGACGAUGUCAACGUGGAGAUUGUCUUUCUUCACAACAUCUCCCCUAACCUUGAGCUUGAGGCCCUGUUCAAACGACAUUUUACUCAGGUGGAAUUUUAUCAGGGUUCUGUCCUCAAUCCCCACGAUCUUGCCAGAGUCAAGAUAGAGUCAGCAGAUGCAUGCCUGAUCCUUGCCAAUAAGUACUGCGCUGACCCGGAUGCAGAAGACGCUUCCAACAUCAUGAGAGUGAUCUCCAUAAAGAACUACCACCCGAAAAUCAGGAUCAUAACUCAGAUGCUACAGUAUCAUAACAAGGCCCAUCUGCUCAACAUUCCCAGCUGGAAUUGGAAAGAGGGUGAUGACGCAAUAUGCCUCGCAGAGCUCAAGUUGGGUUUCAUAGCCCAGAGCUGUCUGGCUCAAGGCCUCUCCACAAUGCUUGCCAACCUCUUCUCUAUGAGGUCAUUCAUAAAGAUUGAGGAAGACACGUGGCAGAAAUACUACCUGGAAGGAGUCUCCAAUGAAAUGUACACAGAGUAUCUCUCCAGUGCCUUCGUGGGGCUGUCCUUCCCUACUGUUUGUGAGCUGUGCUUUGUGAAGCUGAAACUCCUGAUGAUAGCCAUUGAGUACAAGUCUGCCAACCGGGAGAGCCGAAUAUUAAUUAACCCUGGGAACCACCUUAAGAUCCAAGAAGGUACUUUAGGAUUUUUCAUCGCAAGUGAUGCCAAAGAAGUUAAAAGGGCAUUUUUUUACUGCAAGGCCUGUCAUGAUGACGUCACAGAUCCCAAAAGAAUUAAAAAAUGCGGCUGCAGGCGGCUUGAAGAUGAGCAGCCGCCAACGCUGUCACCCAAAAAAAAGCAACGUAAUGGGGGUAUGAGGAACUCACCCAACUCCUCCCCGAAGCUGAUGAGGCAUGACCCCUUGUUAAUCCCUGGCAAUGAUCAGAUUGACAACAUGGACUCCAAUGUGAAAAAGUACGACUCCACUGGGAUGUUUCACUGGUGUGCACCCAAGGAGAUCGAGAAAGUCAUCCUGACUCGAAGUGAAGCCGCCAUGACUGUCCUGAGUGGCCAUGUUGUAGUCUGUAUCUUUGGGGAUGUCAGCUCAGCCCUGAUUGGCCUCCGGAACCUGGUGAUGCCGCUCCGUGCUAGCAACUUUCACUACCAUGAGCUGAAACACAUUGUGUUUGUGGGCUCCAUCGAGUACCUCAAGCGAGAGUGGGAGACCCUGCACAACUUCCCCAAAGUGUCCAUAUUGCCUGGUACGCCAUUAAGUCGGGCUGAUUUAAGGGCUGUCAACAUCAACCUCUGUGACAUGUGCGUUAUCCUGUCAGCCAAUCAGAAUAAUAUUGAUGAUACUUCGCUUCAGGACAAGGAAUGCAUCUUGGCGUCACUCAACAUCAAAUCUAUGCAGUUUGAUGACAGCAUCGGGGUCUUGCAGGCUAAUUCCCAAGGAUUCACACCUCCUGGAAUGGACCGGUCAUCUCCUGACAACAGCCCAGUGCACGGGAUGCUGCGCCAGCCGUCCAUCACAACAGGAGUCAACAUCCCCAUCAUCACAGAACUCGUGAAUGAUACUAAUGUUCAAUUUUUGGACCAAGACGAUGACGAUGACCCUGAUACGGAGCUGUACCUCACACAGCCCUUUGCAUGUGGGACAGCAUUUGCCGUCAGCGUCCUGGACUCGCUCAUGAGUGCGACAUACUUCAAUGACAAUAUCCUCACCCUGAUACGGACCCUGGUGACAGGAGGAGCCACGCCAGAGCUUGAGGCUCUGAUUGCUGAGGAGAAUGCACUUCGAGGGGGCUACAGCACUCCCCAGACACUAGCCAACAGGGACCGUUGCCGAGUGGCUCAGUUAGCCCUGUUGGAUGGCCCCUUUGCAGACUUAGGGGAUGGUGGUUGUUAUGGUGAUCUGUUCUGCAAAGCUCUGAAAACGUAUAAUAUGCUUUGUUUUGGAAUUUACCGGCUGAGAGAUGCCCACCUCAGCACCCCAAGCCAGUGUACAAAAAGGUACGUCAUCACCAAUCCCCCCUACGAGUUUGAGCUCGUACCAACAGACCUGAUCUUCUGCCUGAUGCAGUUUGACCACAACGCUGGCCAAUCGCGAGCCAGCCUGUCUCAUUCCUCCCACUCCUCACAGUCCUCCAGUAAGAAGAGCUCCUCCGUCCACUCCAUCCCGUCCACAGCAAAUCGGCCGAACCGGCCCAAGUCCAGGGAGUCUCGCGACAAACAGAAGUACGUUCAGGAAGAGCGACUUUGAUAUGUGUAUCCACCGGCACCGUGUGUGAAACUUUAUCUGCUACCCAUUUCCCCAGCUGGUAUUCCAACAGAGCAACUUUCCUGUUCCCUGUAGUCCCCUCUUUUUUCGUUUCUUUUCCUAUUUUUUUUACACAUUUGCAUAUGUAUGAUAGUGUGCAUGUGGUUGUCAUUUUUAUUUCACCACCAUAAAACCCUUGAACACAACAGCGAAUAAGCGGACGGACCAAAAGUUAUUUAUGAUUCUAGGGGGGAAUAACCCAGAGGCAUCCUCCAGAUGUAAAUAGCUCGCUACAGGAAUGAGUUCACAGAUUAGAAGGGAACACCUGCAAUCUGUCAGUUAGGCAAAGCAGGUUGAUUCCGAUUUAUCAGGGCCAUCAGAAUGCUUUGGGUUUUGAUUUGUUUUGUUUUGUUUUGUUAUUUCAUUUCUCUCUCUCUCUUUUUCUAUACACACAGUAAGUUAGCACAUGAUCAUUUGAAACAAGCAACCAAAAGGAAGGAAAGUGCAUUGAUUGUUUCCACUCUGGGCUAAAGUAUCACAAAACAUUCGGAAAGCUUUCAAAGUACGCGCAAAAGAUGAUUAAGCACCUGCUUGUUGUGAGAGAGCAUCAGAGAUUUUUUUUUUUAACUUAUUCACCAAAGCCUUUUUGUCUCAGAGCUAACUUCUUUCAGAAGUUCAAGUGAAUGUUUCUAACUUGAAUGCAAAGAGGAAAACAGGUUUCCACCCCUGGAUGUAUCAAAUCCUAGUCAUUUCAUAUACCUGAAAAGAGGUUUGGUUGCAUAUUAAAUUGUUAUUCUGUCUCCUUAUGCUGCCAUAGGGAUAGCUAGUUUUUUUCUUUCACUUUUGACAUUUGGGAUGAAAAGCCAUAUGUAUCAUAAAUAUCAAAUGUAAGUCAUUAAGAACUGCCUUCCUGGGACUUUUACAUCUUUUAAAAGGUGAAUCACUUACCUUAUGUACAGAAUAAAUAACGCUCAGAAAAGAGCAAGUAUUUUUCCAUGCAUUCUCAGGGGACCUUUUUACUCCCCUUUGUUUGACUAACGAGGGCCCCAAAGCCAGGGCAGUUCAGUCUGGAGCAGUGGUGAAGUGAGAGGGAGAAAGAUCUAGCGACAGAUAAUGGUUUCUGUAGGAGCUGACAUGCUAGAUAAAUCAGGAUAUAGGAGGAUGGAGCCACCGUUGGUUGACUCAACAAAGACAGAAACUAGUGCCCACAUUUAAAUUGCUAGCACAGCUGUAUGAUGCUCUGUCCCAAAGCAGAAGGCUGGCAGGAGAAGUUCACCAUAGGCAACCUCUUUAACAUACAGCCAAUUCACAUGGGCAAGCGAGUGAGCGGGAGAGAGCUUCUCCUGUCAUUUGAAAACAGGAAGGAAAGGGCUACGACAGCAAGCCAAGCACAUUUCAGUAGGUUUUUGUUGUUGUUGUUGUUGUUUUCUUUUAUUCUUUUUUUUUUAAAAAACUGUUAGUCAACAAGGGAGGGAAGAUAGACUGAUCCCCUUUCCCCCAAUAUGCAAUCACCAGAUGUUUUAUGCAUGCAAAUUACAUUUUAGGAAUUGGCCAACUUUACCAUAACCAAAUUCGGGUAUGGCUAGACUAGCCUUGGGUGCAUAUGAGCCUGUCUGAGAUGUUUACUUAGAAAUCCACGGCUAGAAUAAAGGGCAGGAAGGAGGAGAAAGUUUGUAACAGCUGUAGCGUCUCUUUUUAAAAAGGUGUUUUUAUGGUGAAUGUUUUGGGUUUAGAUUUUGGAUCCCCUGUCCCUUCCAGCAUGAUGGUUUUGGACAUUUGCUUGCUGUGUGAUUGACAAGCACUUUUACUGACAAAAAUGGUGAGGCUCAAUCAGAACCUCCACCUUCUCCCACACCAAAGACAGGGGGCAGUGCAGUACUCCAACCAGCAACGGGUGGGGAGUCAUUGUGUCCGUGGAAAUUCAAAAGUCCCGUGAGUGGAAGUAUUUUUUUCAAAUUAUUUUUGUCCUUAUGUAUUUUGAUUUAUAUAUGACAUAUAUCUAUCUCUUUAUAUAUAACUAUAUAUAUGACUAUAUAUAUAUAUAACUAUAUAUAUAUAUAACUAUAUAUACCUAUCCCCUAGUUUUGGAUUAUGAGAGAUCUUCAUGCAUUCUUUGCAAAGGAGGUUAUGAAGUUAUGCCCUCAGAACAUUUAUAACUAUGAGAAUGUGCCAGUUAAAGUGCUCAACAGGAAAUACUGACAGUUUAAAAGCAUUGUAAAACUCACAUAGCUUACUUCUCUCUCUAAAGUGCAACAAGGAUGACUAGAAUGGGCCAAGGUAUGACAAUUAAUGGUUCUGCAUGACCUAGCCACUGCUGGGGGUUUUCUUCUAUAACGUUGUCCUUGUGAAACUUUUGUGGAAUUAAAAAAAAA